GACAUAGCAGGUCUAGCUGACAAACCAUGGCAGAAGGGAGACAGCCACAAGACACAGAUGCCAAUAAUAUGAUGGAUUGCGCAGAGAAUAUGGACACCAGCUCUGGAGAUCUACUGCUUAACAUUCAGUUACCACAGCAACUCCAGAGAGAAAAAAAGAAAAUGAAGAUCAAGAUCUCUCGAGAUGCCACAGGUGCGGAACUGUGUAAUGAAAUUGCGAAGAACUUAGAGAAUAUCAAAGCAGAGAAUAUGCAAUUGAUAUAUAAAGGCAAGAAUAUAAGUUUGGACAAGACCCUUGGUGAACAAGCUGUGAAGGAUAAAGGGGUUGUUCGUUUCACUCAAGUUAAUAAUGAACAAAGAAAGCACGAGGCACUUAUCUCCAGAAUUAUUAAAGGGGCAGAACUGUUGGCAAAGCGAGAUAAAGAUUUUGAAGGGAAAUACUUCAAUGCAAUAAGCCACAGAAGAGAAAUUGUUGAUCUCCCUGAAAGUGAAAAAGUGGUUUUUCUAACAGCCUUGAUUCUGCAUGAGGUGGGUCGAUGGAAUAUGAAGAACAGUGACUAUCCAGAGGCACUUCUGUUUCUAAAUCACGCCGAGAGAGAAUUCAGACGAUGUAAGGAGGAGCUGUUGAACAGCAUUGACAACUAUGGAGUGCUGAAUCUAGACAUAACUUGGUGCUAUCUCCAGCUGAAAGGCAUCCAGAGUCAUGCAGAGGCCAGAGAGAGGUUAGAAGAUGCCCAGGCAUAUUUCGACAGGUGUUUUGGAGCAGAUCAGCAUCGUCUUCAAGAACAGAAGGACAAGAGUGGAAGGCACAGGAUCCUGCUUCUACGGCUUCUGGUGCUUUGGGGGGUAUGGUUCUUCCAUAACAACAAUUUGCGCCAAUCUAAGGAGGACUUUGGCAAGGCAGAAAAGCUGCUGGAUCAACUGUCGGUGGACGACCUUUCAGUGUCCAUCCUUGUGCAUGAAGGCUACAGCACCAGAGAAGCCCGACUUGCUUUACGAGCCAUGGAUGGUAACACUGAGGAGGCCAAGUCAUACAUUGAAGAAAAGAGACAGGAGCAGAGAGCAGCGGAAAGCAAAAGGCAAAGACUCCACAGGCCCAGUGACAUAGACAAUUCAGAUCGCGGCUCGCCCGAGAGGAAUGGGUCGCCUGAGCAGAUAAACCAGCAGGUGUCUCCCUCAAGUGCUACGUCACUACCAGCCCAGGGACUCCCACAUUACUGGCAACAGGAGCCACCUAUCAGUGCCAAUUCCGUACCUGUCGCUGGAUCGAGUCUGUCAGCUCCUGCAGAUGGAACCUCGUCUUCAAUCUCAGAACCUACUGUCCCUGCACCAACAGGAGCCCAAAGUGAUGAUGAACAUGACCAAAUAUUGAGAGAAAUCCUGAAUUACCUGCCUAACGAUAUCGAUGACUACAUCGACCUGUCCCUGGAGGAUGAGGAAGACAUUGUGCGUGAAUACAAGACCAAGAUAUCGGACUCAGCACAGCGCGUCAGCUAAAAGUGAAUCAGAUUCUGAUCAAAGUCACAGCAAGUGACCCUCCCCUAUCCCUCCCUACUGAUCUCCCUCCUGGCACUUAUCCCUGUAAGCGGAACAAGUGCUACACAUGCCCUUACACUUCCUCCCUUACCACCAUUCAGGGCCCCAGACAGUCCUUCCAGGUGAGGCGACACUUCACCUGUGAGUUGACUGGGGUGAUAUACUGCGUCUGGUGCUCCCGAUGUCGCCUUCUAUAUAUUGGCGAGACCCGACGCAGACUGGGAGACCGUUUUGCUGAACACCUACGCUUUGUCAGCCAGAGAAAGCAGGAUCUCCCAGUGGCCACACAUUUUAAUUCCACAUCCCAUUCCCAUUCUGACAUGUCUAUCCACGGCCUCCUCUACUGUAAAGAUGAAGCCACACUCAAGUUGGAGGAACAACACCUCUUAUUCCGUCUGGGUAGCCUCCAACCUGAUGGCAUGAACAUUGAGUUCUCUAACUUCCGCUAAUGCCCCACUUCCCCCUUGUACCCCAUCCGUUAUUUAUAUACAUUCUUUCUCUCACUCUCCUUUUUCUCCCUCUGUCCCUCUGACUAUACCCCUUGCCCAUUCUCUGGGUUCCCCCCCCUUUUCUUUCUCCCCAGGCCUCCUGUCCCAUGAUCCUCUCAUAUUCCCUUUGCCAAUCAACUGUCCAGCUCUUGGCUCCAUCCCUCCCCCUCCUGUCUUCUCCUAUCAUUUUGGAUCUCCCCCUCCCACUUUCAAAUCUCUUAGUAACUCUUCCUUCAGUUAGUCCUGACGAAGGGCCUCGGCCUGAAACGUCGACUGCACCUCUUCCUAGAGAUGCUGCCGGGCCUGCUGCGUUCACCAGCAACUUUGAUGUGUUGCUUGAAUUUCCAGCAUCUGCAGAAUUCCUCUUGUUAGCAAGUGACCCACCAGGUUCCUGAUGAGACGCAAUGGCCAACAAAAAUCUGCACAUUUACAGCACACCAGCACCCCCUCACGCAGCCAGGCACAAUCCCAUAAGACACAGAAGCGAAAUUAGGCCACUCAGCCCAUGGAGUCUGAUCUGCCAUCCUAUCGUGGUUGAUUUAUUAUCCCUCUCAAACCCAUUCUCCAGCUUUCCCCCGUGCCCUUUGACACCCUGACUAAUCAAGGACCUAUCAGCCCCCGCUUUAAAUACCGCCAAUGAUUUGGCCUCCACAGCUGUCCGAAUAAAUUCCACAGAUUCACCACCCUCUGGCUAAAGAAAUUGCUCCUCAUCUCUCUUCUAAAGGAAUGUCCUUCUAUUCUGAGGGUGUGCCCUCUGGUCCUAGUCUCCCCCACUACAGGAAAACAUCCUCUCCACUGGCCAUCAGAGAGGUGAUGUAUUCUGACUGGCUGGUCGAUCAACAUGUCAAUUUAGAAUUCAACAUGAGGACCAGACCUAUCCCUCUCCAUAGUUGCCUUCACACUGAUGGAAUAAGAUCAUCAGAUCCCCCACACACACUUUGUCAACUUGUUUUGCCCCAUUCCCUAAUAGGAGAUCCAGUUUGCAGCCUCUCUCACUGGGAUCUCUAUGUAUUAACCAAGGAAACUUUUCUGAAUACAUUUGACAACAAAUAUAAUUGGGAGAUGAUAGAAAGUAUAAAUAGUAAUGCUUUAAACAGUAAGCAGAUCAAACAGCAACUGUGUGGAGCAGAAACAAUCAACAUGCAACUCCCCAUUUGAACCUGUUGUUCCACGCUGCUGCCUGACCUGGUGUCUGUUUAUAGCAUUUUCUGUCUUGGUGCUAGGUCUUCAAUAUUACCUGUAACAUUUUGAUUUUGGAAAAUACUCUCAGUGGCCACUUUAUUAGGUACAGGAGGUGACUGCUCUGACUCAUCCACUUCCAGUUUCAAAGUGUUGGGUUUUCAGAGAUGCUCUUCUGCACGCCACUGGUAUAAUGCGUGGUUAUUUGAGUUACUGUCAGCUUGCACCAGUCUGACCAUUCUCCUCUGAUUAUCAAAGAGUUUGUGCCCACAGAACUGCCACUCACUGGAUGUUUUUUUUUGUGUCUCGCACCAUUCUCUGUAAUUUCUAAAAUCCCAGGAGAUCAGCAGUUUCUGAGAUACUCAGACCACCCCAUCUGGCACCAAAGUGAUUCAAAGUCACUUAGGUCACAUUUCUUCUGUGUGCUCUUAUGCAUUGAGUUGCUGCCACAUGAUUGGCUGAUUAGAUAUUUGCAUUAAUGAGCAGCUGUAUCUAAUAAAGUGGCCACUGAGUGUCUCUAAAACUUGCACAGUAGCGAAGUGAUUAUGUUGCUCAGAUAGCAAUUCACCAGUUUAAACUAAUGAUCUAACAUUAAGGAUUCACUACAACUGAUUGGAAAAUCCGAUUCAGUUAAUUAAAAUUCCUCAAAUUAUAAUGAUGUUACAUUAUAUACCAUGUAAACUGUGGGAUGAUCAUAAAAAUCCACUUAGUUAUCUAAUACCAAUGAAGUGAAGAAAAUAUGCCAUCUAAGCACCAAUGGUAAAGAAAGAUUAGCUUUACUUGUCACGUCAUACAUCGAAACAUCCAGUGAAAUGCGUCAUUUGUAUCGAAACACAGGGAUUGCACGGGGGGGGCAGCCCGCCAGUGUCGCCAUGCUUCCGCCGUUAACAGAGCAUGCCCAGAACUCACUAACGCUAGUCCGUAUGGCUUUGGACUGUGGGAGGAAACCGGAGCACCUGGAGGAAAUCCCUGCAGUCACAGGGUGAACGUACAAACUCCUUACAGGAACUGAAGCCCAGUCGCUGGUGCUGUGGGGUGAUGUGCUAACCACUGCGCCAUCAUAUCGUCCCUUGUGUACUGUGGAAUACGUGACUCCAGGCCACUUCCACCAACAUUGAUGAUUCUUAACUAUCUUUAUAAAUGCCAACAGGCCACUUAUUUGAAGAGGUGAUUCAAGCAGUUCAAUAAAUUCUUUGUCUGCCGUUGGUAAGUGACUAAAUAAACAAGACCUUGGUACGCCACGGUAGCUCAGUUCCGGCCAUCGGAGUUCAGGGUUCAACUCCAGCGUCCUCUAUAAGCAGGUUUGUAAGCUCCUUCCCGUGUGUGUGCUUGGUUUUCUUCCGGGUGCUCCGGUUUCCUCCUUCAGUCCAAAAAUGUCCCACUUGGGAAGGCAUGAGUGCUCCAGUCCUCCACCCACACCACAACUGCAGAAUAGAAUCAACAUCCUGGAUGAGCAAGAGUUUUCCCCGCAGUCGGCUUGUCUUAUCCUCCAUCGCCCGGAGCAUUAGGAACUCAACCGUGAGUGGCUCCACCGGCAGCAGCUUGCCACUCCAGACUGCCAGUAGGUACCUCCCCGCCUCCACUGUGCCCUACCUCCCGGGCCACAAUGCCACCGCAGAUUCCACGGUCUUCUCCCCUGCCUCCAACAACACUGAUAAUCGGUUACUUCGUGGCAAAUGGCGCGUGCGUCAGCAGAGAGGCCAGCCCCAAAGUGGAGCUGGGCCUUCUUCUUCACCAGCAAGGGGAGAAAGCCCAUGCGUGGGAAGAGACUUUUGUAAUGCACCUCUGACGUAAUUUCCACCCAGAGAGGGUGGGAAUGGAACUGCGUAAAAGCCAGUGCUGCGAAGUUUGAAUAAACUAGUCUC